GUCAGUCAGCUCUCAGCCUCAUCACGAGAAUUGCAUGUUGAGGAUUUUUCUUUUUGGGGCUUUUUCGGACGCUGCCAUAUGACGAUCUUGAUUUUGAGCCACCACCCGAGCAAAAAGAAAAAAAACGACUUGACGACGAACUACGACGGCAAGCGGCGGCUUCUCAGCCGAUACGAGGAGAGCUAAUUAGCUGCGCUCCACCACGCCCGCCCGCCCGCUUUCACCAGCCCGCCACUACGCUGGCAUUCUUUUCCAGACUCGCAGCGUAUCGGCCGUCGAUAUUCCGCGAGCGACGACUGCUGUCGGGGUUUCCUCUGUUGGGGAAGAUGGCGGCUAUGGAGGCGACGCCGGGCUCGUCGACGGGUACUGCCGAUGCACCGCCGACGGUGCCGGCGCCCAAGAAGAAGCUGCACGGCCGCGCCUUCUACGAGAGCAUCGGCAGCCCAAAGUGCAUCGUCGCGCCCAUGGUGGAUCAGUCUGAAUUUGCCUGGCGCAUGCUCUCGCGAUCCUUCCUGCCCGAGUCCCAGCGGUGCUCGAUCCUCGCAUACUCGCCCAUGCUCCAUUCGCGCCUGUUCGCGGGCGGCCAAAAGUACCGCGACACGCACUUCCAGCCGACGCGCGAGCCCUGGGCGGGCGAGGGCUUCGACCCCGCGGCGGCGCUCACGCCCUUCCUCGACGGCAACCCGGCCAUCGACCGGCCGCUCUUUGUCCAGUUCGCCUCGCACGACCCCGACGCACUCCUCGCGGCGGCCGAGAUGGUGGCGCCCUACUGCGACGCCGUCGACCUCAAUCUGGGCUGUCCGCAGGGCAUCGCCAAGCGCGGCCACUACGGCGCCUUCCUGCAGGAGGACCAGGACCUCAUCUUCCGGCUGAUCAACACGCUGCACGAGAAGCUGUCCAUCCCCGUCACGGCCAAGAUCCGCAUGCUCGAGACGCGCGAGGCGACGCUCGAGUACGCACAGAACGUGCUGCGCGCCGGCGCCAGCAUCCUGACGGUGCACGGCCGCCUGCGCGAACAAAAGGGCCACCUAACGGGCGUGGCCGACUGGGACAUGAUCCGCUACCUGCGCGACAACCUGCCGCCCGACACGGUGCUGUUCGCCAACGGCAACAUCCUGCUGCCCGAGGAUAUCGACGCGUGCCUGGCCGCCACGGGCGUCGACGGCGUCAUGAGCGCCGAGGGCAACCUCAGCAACCCGGCCAUCUUCGCCCCGGCCCCGGCCCCCGGCGACGAGGCCCGCGAAUACUGGAGGCCCCGCGACGGCCGCGACGGCGGCUGGCGCGUAGACGCCGUCUUCCGUCGCUACCUCGACAUUAUGUACCGGUAUGUGCGCGAGCAGGAGCCGCCCACGCGGAGGCCCCUGUUCGUGGUCGGCGACGACACCACCUGGCUCGCAGCGCCGCCGCCGCCGCCCCCGGCAGCCGCGCUGGUGCCCAUGACCGAGUCGCAGCUGCAGCAGCAGGCGAGCGCGAAACGGGCGGCCGAUUUCACCAUUCCUAGCGCUGCCGACGACGACGACGAACCGCCAACCAAGAAGCAGAAGCACCAGCAAAAGCACCAGCAGGCACCGAAGAAGCCGGAAAAGUACCUGCCCACCACCAACUACGCCGGCAUGCAGGGCCACCUGUUCCACCUCCUACGUCACCUCGUCACGCGGCACACGGACGUGCGCGACGCGCUCGCGCGCGCCCGGCUCGCCGACAUGGGCAAGUUCGAGGCCGUGCUCGACAUGGUCGAGCGCAAGGUGGCCGAGGGCCUGCUCGAGGACGAGCGGUCGGGCGGCGCCACCAUCAAGCGCGAGAUUGACGACGAGAUCCAGCUCAAGUUUGGGAAUAAGAAGAAGGACCACAAAGGCCCGAAAGGAGAAGAAGAGGAAAACGGUGGCGAAAGCUCCCUGUACACGGUCCGCCGCUGCAAGCGGCCCUGGUGGGUCGUCCAGCCCGUCAUCCGCCCGCUGCCUAGCGAGGCCCUGGCCAAGGGCGCUAUCCAGCCCAAGAAGGCCAAGGGGAAUAACGACUGUAGUAAUAGCAGCAGUGUCGUUAAGAAGGCAGCGUUGGUGCAAAAUGGGAACGGGAAUGGUGCGGCGGUUCCUGUUCCUGCCCCUGCGCAAGCAACAGCCAUCGACGAAACGCUCGCUGCCCUAGACAAGACGACGCCAUAUCCCAGCAGCGAACUCGUCAGCGGGUGAGUGAUGGCUGGGAUUUACUUACUUUGCGUCCUGGCUUGAAUUACAAAAGUCGCGUAUGUAGUAUAAUAUUAUUUUCUUUUUAUAUAUAUUAUAUUAUGAUUUUAGAAAAUGGAGAAUGGGAAAAGGAGAAGGUGCGUAAGUAGGUACGUUGACUAGGUAGGUAGGCAAACCUGCUUUUCUUUCUACAACUCCCG